AUGAACGGCCAAAACGGCUGGUAUGCUGAUCAGCAACAGCAGCAGUAUGCGGCGUAUCCAGCAUACCCUGGACAAGCUCCUCCGCCUCAACAGCAGCCGAAUCAGCAACUGGCCUAUUCAGAUCAACAACAUGCACAGCAGACAUCAGAUCCCUUCACGGGCGAAGCUUCUCCAAGCACGGUCGAUCAACCUCAGUAUCAGCAGAUGAACAGUACAGCUCAAUCGCAGCGAUAUCAAUAUGGAGCUGGCACGAGCAUCGACGCAUCGUCGUCUUUAGCAGCUCCAUCCUAUCCUUCCUCUUCUGGGAGCUACUACGGUCAAGCUCAAACAGUACAGCAGUCCCCGACGACAUCUGGAUAUGCGAAUGCUCCUAGACGAGAAAAUCUCGGCUCACGGUGCGGCAAUGGUAUGGUGCAGUUGCAUCAAACGCAGCAGUCUCCUUACAUGCAGCAGCAGCUGGCACAACGGCAGUACAACGGCAGCGGAACACAGGCUCCUUGGGAAUACUCAAACACGUACGCAGCCGCUCCUCAGCAUCGUCCUUCACUUUCGGCCGGUCCUUCUCGCCAACAGCAGCAGCAGCAGCAGCAGCAGCAACAACACCAGCCAUCACACCAGCAGUAUGCAUAUCCCCAGUCAUUCGCAUCGCCGUCCAACCAGUCGACUCCACAGCAACCAUUGCGGGCCCCGGACGCUGCAAGUCAAUAUGCAAUGGAAUCGCCAUAUGCACCGUCUACUGGCACUCGAGAACGAUUGGCCAUCUCGCAGUCGCCCAUAUCAGAUGUGUUCCAGAGCGGCGGACAGCCUGCAGGAAGAACAUUCAAUCUGAUGGCCGGUCUCGAAAGACCCACACCAAAUCCACCAUUGCGGCGGGUCUCUACUCAGAUUGACAGUUCUCAUGGCGAUCCAUUCACCGGUCAGCGCGGCUCUUUUGCAAGUGCACAAACGGAAAACCUGACUCUGUCGGGACACUGGAAUGCUUCCAGCUCGAAUGGUCACGGACAAUCUCAACAACAGUGGCCAGCUGCUCCACAGACUGGACAACCUCAGCAGCAUCCGCAAAACGUAGGAUCAAGUUCGACUUUAGCUUCAUGGAACUCUACCAAACCUUAUCCUAACAUGCAGCCGAGCCCGGUUGAUUCAGGCUCAUUUCCGCAUCCACAGAGGAAUCCUUCCAUCGGCAGGUAA